AGAUAUUACAUUUCAACUAAGAUAUGCACAGUAUUUUAAAGUAUUCUCUGCUAUGACGAAUCAUUGCUUCUUAUAUAUGUUUUCCUUUUAGGGCACUGCUAUUGAUGCAUUUGUUGUGUUAUUGUCGUGAUACAAGUAUUUUGUGGAAUAGUUGGCCAACAAUGCCCUCCAAGAGGGGCUCGCCAGAACUCCCUCUAGUGGAGGCCCUGCUGCCAGCAGAUGUACGAGUGAGCAAUUUGCAGGGCUGUAUACCACCUACGCUUAAAAAUAUGCGAUCAUGUGGGUACCCGAAUGGAUGACAUCGCUUUUCGCUCUCAUUCCACUUUCCUGUGCUCAGUUCCCCAAUCAACGCAGCUGAAAUAAAACGCGAACCAGGAAGGGGACCUCGGCAGGCCUUGUCGUCUCGCCAGCGAGUGUCAUGAGAGUUGCGCAAUCUGUGGCCGCUGUGCUUGCUCACACUGGUGAGGGACGUGGCGUCGCCAGAAGCUCUGCAGAAGAAGGAAACUAGAAAGAUGUGGCUGCGACUUGAUACACAACUGCUGUCGUUGUGCCUCCUGGCAGCCUGGCAAUGUGGAGCUCUGCAUGUGGUGGUGGACGUGAGCACGGUGGCGGGGGAGGCAACCCUGAGCUGUAAAGUGACCCCGAGCAGCGAGCACAUCGCCGUGAACUGGUACUCCCGCUCGCCGGGGCAGUCCGACCAGGACAAGGUGCUCGUGUGUCACCCGGUGGUUUGGUGGCGGAGCCAGUACACCCGCACGUGCUCCAACGUGCACACGUACCUCGCUGAUGACAACACCUUCGUGUUGAAGGUGCCGAAGGUGACGAGGGAGUGGCAUGGGCAUUACAUGUGCCUCGUGGAGACCUGGCGUUGGAUAAUCCUGGGGCCGAUGUGGACAUUUGUGGAAAAUGCCAGCGCAGAAGUCGUGCUGAUGAGUAGAGGUAGAAACCUUCAGCAACCGAGGAAUGUGACAAAAAAUAGAAAUAUUCAGCCAUCAGUGGAAACUUCAACAAGCAUCGGGCAAGUGAACCGCACGGGCAAUGAAACGCAGUCACUUGUGCCCACUGUGUUGCUGUGCGGCAGCCUGCUUCUGACAGUGGCAGCGUUACCCUGUGUGUGCUGCUGUGUCAUGAAGAAAUUGCUAUUGCAAAAAGAUGAAGAAUCAUCAGUGGAUCAGCCAGAACAUCUGAGUGACAAAGAAAAAGAACAUCCAGAAAAUGUGUACGAUAAGCCUCAAGGCCCUAAAGCGCCCAUCCCUGCCGUUGUCGCUAAGGAAGAUCGCAGCGAGUACGUUGAGAUGUCAAGUUGCAGUGUGCACGUGGAUAAAAACGAUUACCAGGUGAUGGGACCUCACAUUUGCAAACCGUCACUUAGCAACUAUUUAAACAAAUGAUAUAGCAUCUGGCUGUGAUUCGCAAAAGCAGGUCAUUACCCCACAGGAUUAAUUAGGCACAGGAUCAUUGGUUUGGGUUGUGCCUUGCUUUCCCCCUGCGUUUUUCCUGUGUAGUGAGCAGUUCAAGUGGUUGGCCCACAAUUUGGGGGCUCAGAAAAAUGUAACUGCACGAUAUUUUUUGGGCAUGGAAAUACAACACGGUUGUGGCAUACGGUUCUCACUGUUGCCACUGUUAAUGUGGUGUUGUUAUUAUUCUUGUGUUGUUUUGUAACUGUGCAUGAAGGUUGUCUUAAAUAUUGUCAUAUAUAAUAUGCUCGAAGGUCUAUUUUAUUAACAUUCUCGAUGAUGUUACCGUUUUACUGCCGACACUAUAUAUGAACUGCA